AUGGACGUUGAGAUGUCUGACAGCAAAGAAGAUUUGAAAGUAUCAUCUAUUCUCUCACGAGACACUUUCAUAGUGAAAACAUUAUCAUCCAAUAUUUUGCCGCUGAGACCAUCGACGAUUGAAAGUAUCGUGGUUGUUUGGCUAGAUACCAAUGCUGACAACUCGAACGAUGAUUAUCAAAAUAUUCUAUCACAACUUCGAACGAUCGUCAGUAGUGUUCACACAUAUGGUGAUUCCGAUGAAUGUAUUGAUUUUCUAACUGAUAUCCCUACUGAAAAAGUAUUUAUGUUUAUUGCAAAUCCUUCGGACAAACAUAUAAUAACGAGUAUUCAUAAUAUUCAUCACCUUGACACGAUAUUUGUCAUUUGUGACGAUGCAUUAGAACAUCAGCAAACGAAUACAGAUUGGUCAAAGGUCAAAUAUCUACCAAGAUCGACAACAGCAGUCUAUGAAACUUUUUGUCGAGUCAUUAGUCAGUGUGAACAAGAUUGUAUUGCAAUCAGUUUCAUCGAAGGCAAUGAACAGACAACCAAUCAAAGCUUAGAUCAAUUAGAACCAUCGUUUAUGUAUACUAAAAUUUUUAAAGAAAUCUUUCUUGAAAUGGAAUAUGAUCAGCAAGCUAUCGAUAAGUUUGUCGAGUUCUGGCGACAACAUUAUUCCGAAAAUGAGUUACAAUUGAAAACUAUCCGCGCAUUUGAAACCGCCUAUUGUUCUCAAAAGACCAUAUGGUGGUACACACGUGAAUAUUUUAUAUAUGCAGGUCUGAAUCAAGCACUUCGUAUGUUGGAAAGCGAUGUGAUACUCAAUAUGGGAUUCUUUCUUCGUGACUUACAUCAUGAGAUUGAACGAUUACAUCAAACACAGAGCAGUCGUGUUAAGAAUAAGUCGUUUACAUUAUAUCGCGGUCAAGGGCUAUCGGUCUUGGAUUUCGAGAAACUUACGAAAACAACGGGUGGACUGAUAUCUUUCAAUGGUUUUUUAUCUACCAGUAAACGUCGAGGAGUUGCUUAUAUGAUGGCUGAAAGCAACGCAUCAAAACCUGAAACGGUGAGUCUCACAUUGACUGCCGAUAAUGACGAACAACUUUGCAGCUUAACUGAUCAUCUAAGAAAAGAAACUGCUGGCACAACGGGCCUCCAUCGACUUGCUCUUCUACUAACAAAAGUAGGUCGAUACGACAAAGCCGAAGAAUUGUGUAAAGUAUUAAUUGGCCAAACAUGUAAUCAAAAGGAAAAUAUACUUAAUUACAACAAUCUAGCAUACAUGAAGACAAGAGAGGGUGACUUGGAUAGUUCACUUUCUAUUUAUAAACAAAUCAUCGAAUGUUUCGAGCAAAGUCCGUCGUUGGAUCAUCCCAUAUUAGCGGCUUCUUAUAAUAAUAUCGGCGCAGUUUAUUUCGCCAAAGAAAAGUGCGCUGAAGCAAUUUCGGCCUUUGAAAAAGCAUUAGAAAUCCGACAAAGAGUAUCGUGCUCAAAUUCGAUCGACAUUGCCCAAUCUCACAAUAAUAUCGGCGCAUUGUACGACAAGAAAGGGGAGUAUUUGCAAGCGUUGCAAUUUUAUGAAAAAGCAUUGGACAUUUAUCGACAAAAUCUUCCUGCAAAUCACCCAGAUCUAGCGACAUUAUAUAACAACCUUGGCCACGUACUCGACAACCUGGGAAAAUAUUCUCAAGUGCUAUUGUCAUACCAAAAGGCACUAGAAAUAGUGGAGAAAUCUCUUCAUUCAAAGCAUCCAGACUUUGCUCAAUCGUACAACAAUAUUGGUCUAGUACAUCACCAUGCAGGACAAUACUCCCAAGCGCUUUCGAAUUAUGAAAAAGCUUUGAAACUUCGACAACAAAUAUUUCCUCCAAACCAUAUCGAUAUUGGCCAAUCUUAUAUCAACAUCGGUGGAGCAUACGACAGGAAUGGACAAUAUUCGAUGGCACUUUCGUACUAUGACGAGGCAGUUGUAAUCUUCGAGCAAAACCACCCAUCAAAGUGCCUCGAGUUAGCUACAUUAUACAACAAUAUUUGCGGAGUACUUGGCGAGAUCGGACAACAUCGGAAUGCAAUUUUGUAUCAAGAAAAAGCACUGAAACUCGAAGAAAAGAUUCUUCCGUCAAAUCAUCCUUCGCUGGCAACUUCUUACAAUAAUAUAGGACUCGUGUAUUAUAACUUAGGAAACUGUUCGAAAGCGCAUGAAUACUACAAAAAGGCGUUAGAAAUUCGAGAACAGAUACUUCCCGUGAAUCAUCCAGAUUUUGCUCAAUCGUAUAUGAACAUCGGUGGUGUACUUAAACAAAUGAAAAACUACUCGCAGGCAGUCUUGUUUCAUGAAAAAGCAAUUGAGAUUUUGAAAAAAACUGUUCCAACCAAUUAUCCAGAGUUGGUGAACGCGUAUAAUAAUACUGGUUUAGUGUAUAGAAACAUGAAUGACUACACGAAAACACUUUCAUAUUAUAAAGAAGCACUCGAAAUUGGAAAGAGGUGUCUCCCACAGAAUCAUCCCAUCUUGGGUAAAACCUAUGCUAAUAUGGGUACCGCUUAUUACUACACCAAAUCUUUUUCGGAAGCAAUGCUCUAUCUAGGACAGGCCUUGGAUAUAUUCGAAAAGUCGCUGCCGCCCAAUCACCCCGAUAUCCAGAGUGUGCGAAGAAAUAUCGAAGCUAUUCAAACCAAACAUUGA